AUGCAGAAACCUAUCCAGCAAUCCUCAUUUUUUUCUUGGUCUCUCUUUCUUGCAGGUGGUGUGGUUACAUCUGGACUUGCGAUCUAUGACACUAUGCAGUACAUCCUAAAUCCCAUCUCAACCUGGUGUGUGGGUCAGGCCGCCAGUAUGGGCAGUCUGCUUCUGGCCGCAGGAACCGCAGGCAUGAGGCAUUCCCUGCCCAAUGCCCGGAUCAUGAUGCACCAGCCCUCCGGAGGAGCAAGGGGGCAAGCAACAGAUAUUGCCAUACAGGCUGAGGAGAUUCUCAAACUCAAAAGACAGAUCAACAACAUCUAUUGCAAACACACAGGGCAGCCUUUGGAGACUAUAGAGGGCGUGAUGGAGAGAGACCGGUACAUGAGCCCGAUGGAAGCACAGGAUUUCGGGAUCAUCGACAAAGUCCUGGUUCAUCCACCACAGGCUGGGCAGGAUGAGCCAGAACUUAUUCAAAAAGAGCCCACCAGCCCUGCAAGCGCCUCCACCUCCCCUCAACCUCAAGCCUCUGAGCCGGGCCAGUCUGGCAGCAGCCCUCCCUCCUCAUACAAGCCUGAGCCCUGAAAGAGACACUCCCAGCAGGAGCGAGUGAACUACUGCAUCACUGGUUCAGUGUCUGUUUUGGCAGAUGCUUGAGGGGACAGUCACCAGCUCACACGUCAUAAUCUGAACCUUGUGACCUUUCUUUUGUACCUUUUAUUGAGUAUCACUAAGCCUAGUCCUGAGACAGUACUGGAAUCUGAACUUAACAGAUGCAAGUGUAAAGAUACUCAGUCUAGCCCUUAUAUUUGUAUGAAGUACAAAUAAAGGUAUCUUUAGCAAGAAUUUGGUUCAUUCUAAACAAUCUAGAUGGGAACACAUGCUUACAGCACAGGGUUUCAAGUCUAUAUUAUUUGGAUGUGUGUUGCCAUGUCACACAAUAUACUUUGAGUUGUAAAUGUGCCCCUCAUUUAAUAUAAUCCAUGUCAAAAUGAUUUAGAGCAAGAGAUUUUAUAGAUGAAUAUUCAAAUAAAUCAUUGGUUAAAUAUGGAUGGUUUUCCUGUCUUUUGAAAUCUGAAUAUUUUACCAAAGGUACACCCCAGUUCAAAACUUUUGGGUCUGUAUGAAUUUUUAAAUAGGAAAUAUGUACAUUUAUAC